GGGAAGUUUGCAGAGCGCAGUUGUUCCCCAUCCAGUCCGGUGCAGUGUUUGCAAACAUCUUGAACGCAAGCGAGAGAAGGAAGGGGGGGAACUGACGGACGGACGCUCGUCAGCUAACGUUACUGCUGCUGAAAACAAGCGCCUCUUCGUUUGCAUCGCAGGGGAUCGCUCUUAUAUCGUUCACUGGGUGUUUUUCUACCUGAGAAAAAUAUUUAAGUGCAGCUAAAUAGGCUUUUCUUUUUUUUUUUUUAAACACGCUCGGGGGAAAAAAAUGGAUGUUCUACCCAUGUGCAGCAUCUUUCAAGAACUUCAAAUAGUUCACGACACGGGCUAUUUCUCAGCCUUACCGUCACUGGAGGAGUACUGGCAGCAGACAUGCUUGGAGUUGGAGCGCUAUCUACAGAGCGAGCCUUACGUCUCCACAUCCGACCUCAAGUUCGACGGCCAGGAGGACCUCUGGAGCAAGUUGAUCUUGGCCUGUGGGGACAAGGCCAAGGCCGAGUCCGACCCCAAGCUCCCCCCGGCCCACGAGGAGGACAAUCAGGACAGCCAAAUCUUGGACACCAACAGUGUGAAUUCUGACGCCAGCAGCGAAGCUUCAGACAGUUCUGAGGAGCUCUCGCCCACACACAGCUUUACCUCCAACCCUCUGGGCUCUGUCUUGGUUGGCUCUGGACCUUUUAGCCCCUCCGUCAUUAGCACUCCCCCGUCCUCUCCGGAGGCCAACUCGGAGCCCAGCGCCGUGACGAACGGCUGGGUCACCACACACGCCAAGUUGCACUUGCCGGUCAAAAUCAGGAGCGGCGGGGUGGCAAAGACUACGGAAAAGACGGGACUCAUCUGCGGGGACACGUCUCCGGACGGCAGGAGGCGAGUACACAGGUGUCACUUCAACGGGUGUCGCAAGGUUUACACGAAGAGCUCCCACCUAAAAGCACACCAGCGCACUCAUACAGGUGAGAAACCCUACAGGUGUUCAUGGGAGGGCUGCGAGUGGCGUUUUGCACGAAGCGACGAGUUGACCAGACACUUCAGGAAGCACACUGGGGCAAAGCCAUUUAAAUGCAGUCACUGUGACAGAUGUUUCUCCAGGUCUGACCAUCUGGCUCUUCACAUGAAGAGGCACAUCUAGAGCAGGGCGAGCACCAACCAAGCAACGCAGCGAAGGGGAAAGAAAAAGAAAAAAAAAACAAAUGCCGUCUCCCGACCAGUCUCUUGGUUGAACUGUCCCAGAGCAGAGUGGCGGGGGUGUGUUCCAGCCAAAGCAUGCCGUUUUGCACCAUACUGAAACCCAGUGCCUCCGGGACCUCUCUUCGGAGAAAGGCGCUCUGAAGGUCGUCUGUUGCAACAAGAGGACAAAAUCAUGGAUGGGGAAGAAAUCUUUGAGAUCAUUGAGAAGGACUUACAACACACACAAAAAAAAAAGACACACAAAAAAAAGAUAAAAGACACGCAAACAAAAAGAGUGAAUGAUUUGUAUGUAUGGUGCAUGAUGUUUUGGGGACAUCUCCCGGACAGCUGAUACACUGGUACUUUACAAAACUGUCUGAGGUAAGCAUGUGUGCACUGUGACUGUCUGAGAAUGGCUGACUGGGCCCCCUGGAAAGAGAGGAGAGGAAGAGAUGAUCUUUGCGAGAAGAGAUGGAUUGAUUGAUGGAUGGUGUGUCUGGUACCAAUGUUGCUGUGGACUGAAUGGGUUUUCGGGGGGGGGGGGGAAACGUUCCAUUUGUGUUUCCCCCGUGGCAGUGUCAGGAUGGGGCAGGAUGGAAGAUCCUGCCUGUCUGUCUGGCACCCAGACUGGGGGGGGGGGGGUUCUCCGAAGCUUUUGAGGCCUUGGGUUUGGCCAGAGAGAGAAGGUGGGCGUCUCCCCCUUCUGGUCAGUGACCCAGGGACCAAAACUCCCCCCUGGUCGCUGUAUGACAGGAGCUUUUUUUUUUUUUGGUGUUUUUGGUGCAGCUACUAAAUGUGCAAUGUGUUAUGUAGCCUGGUUUAUUAUUUUUUUACAAGCUACAAAGCUCAUUUGUAGUCCAAUUGUAUAAGCUGUGUGCUUAGAGGUAUAACACAACUAUACUAUAACUUCAGUAUCAUAGACAGGUGUUGCAUGGUUCUAGGGUUUGUUCAUUUCAUGUUUCCACUGUAAUCAGGACUGCAAAUAGUUUCAAUAAAAGUGCAGCUAAAGUGCGAACGGUUAAAUGUUACAAUAUUGUACAUAAAGCCUUGAUGAUUUCCUCUUUCAUUUUUGCAACUUCAUCCGUUUCCUUCAUUCUGGUUUUUCAUCUGGCUGGAGAUUUCACCACUGCUUACUAAUUUUCUCAUUCAUCCUAUGCCUUGAGGAGUAAUUUUGAUUUUUGUACUUUGUUUCUAUCUAAUAAUGCACUGUUGACCUUAAUGGUGCCUUAUGCAAGUGACUCAGCCCUGUGGUAGCGGUGGUUUUGCUCCCUCGGGAAGUUACAUUUGUUGUAUGGGUGAUUUGACAGGCUUGAUCAAGGCUCAGUUACAAAUUAACUUGCACCUCUUUGUGUUUAAUGACAGUUGUCCACAUCUAUUCUGACGAUCAAUAGGGUAGUUAAAAGUGUAAAUGUUAAGAAAAGUACCUUCUUUUUUUUCCUUUUUUUGAAUCAGAGCAUCAGUUUAAUAGAUGAUUAUCACAUUCAAUUAAGUCAGACCAUGUAAACAAGACAAAUGCUGUAUGUUUAGAGCACUUAAAUUCAUUUAUUAAAGACGUUAACUACUGUGUAGUAUGUACUCAAGUCCAUCACACACAGCUCUAAGAUACAAAACAGCCAGACAGUGCUGCUCCUUUUCCCGGUAUGCCUCCCCACCAUCACCAACACCAUCCUCUCCUCCCUGUCCCCAUCUGUCCCUCUGUCCCAGCAAGUGGGACUGAAGAAAAAAACUAAAGAUUUAUAGUAAUUAACAGGCUGCAAUCGGACAGGCCUCGCCUUGUACUGCCUCUCAGUAAUGAAUUGCUAAAGGCUUUGUUGGCAUGGAAUCUGUCACAGACUGCUGACUGUGUAGGUUGGUUAUUGACCUGUCUGGGGAGCGUUGUUUUAGCCAAGCUGCAACAGUAUUAUGAAAGCCACAGGAGCGAGCGAGGGGGCGGGGGCUCUCGGGAGGAGUUAAAGAUCAAACGUCGACGGUGCACAUGGAAAUUUGUCAAAAAAGCCAAUGACAGUAUCUCCCUCAAAGGUGAAUCUGUGUUUGUGAGAGACCAUAAUAAUUAUAGGGAUCAUACUUAUUACUGUUUCAGGAUACAGUGAUCUGUGCGACCCCACUCCAGAUCAGCGACCUCGCUGUAGGGAUUCGAGGUUGUAGCAAGUAGCACCGUGGCAUGCUACGACUUAUGGAUUUCAGAUCAGCAGGUGAGGGAGACAGGAUGAGUACAAACUUGAAACUGCUUGCUGCAAUAGAUUUGGGAGUGCUGGCAAUGUCUUUUGUGGGCAAAGGAAAGGAACAUCCAUUCUGUGAGAACAGCAGCCAAUGCUGUUCAAGUGGUAAUUGAGCCUUGAUUAAGCCCCAUGUUUGCUCGCAUCUUUUACACACCAUCAUCUCUUUCAUCCCACUACCACAACUCUUCUGUCACACGCAUACACACACACACACACACACACACACACACACAGCUCUUUGUUCUCAACUGAAUCUUUGUAUAAAAAGAAGAAAAAAAAACAACUUUUGUAAAAUUGUUAUGUUUAUGCUUUAUGAAAUUUUUAUUUGAAAUUGUUUUGCAAAAUUGUUAUAUUUCUGUAUGAAUGUAUUUUUUAUUGGAAUAAUAAGAAAUUCUUAUCUGA